AGCCCUAAUUUUAACCUUUCGAAUUUGUCAAAUGAUCUUAGACAGUUAUUUUAAAUUAAUGAAAAAUUCCAAUCAUGUCUCCCGAAGCAAAUAAGAAAAAUACAAAUAAAAACGCUGAUCUAAACAGCGAAAUCCUGAAGCAAGCGUUAAAUUUAUCCGAAGUUGCGAUGGAUCUUAGAGAUCACUACAUCGCUGGUGAAAAAUGCAUUAAUUUUUUCAAAUCGAUGAUUAACGGAGCAGAAAAAGCGUUAAAUGCUAUUGAAAUCACAUCAAAAUCAUCCUUUAACUUAGCCAACAAGUUAGUGGAAAAUAACAUUAAUGUUCCUGAAUUAUCAGAGGAAUUAAAGCUUGAAUAUGAUCAAUUACAAGGACUUAUAAAUAAACAUUUAAGUGAUUUUAACAUGGAAGAACAUACAAGCGAUAAAAAUAAGUAUCUAGAAGCUAAAAGAAGAAAUUCUGAGAAUGUUUUACACGGAAAUUCCAGUAGUACUAAAUCUCUUAAGAACGACGUUGAUGAAAAGUACCCAGAAAAUCUGUCAAAAGAGUCUCUAAUAGACCUGAACAAUGUGGUAAAUCUUCCUCCUGUGCCUGAAGAUAUUUUUACCAGUUUUUCCAAUAACAAACCCACCAGAACUUCAAGUCUUUCUUCAUUAAAAAAUAUGAGAAAAAUCAAAAUGUUUCUUCAAAAAGCUGAAUCUGAUGAAGAAGAUAGUUCAGAUAACGAUGAACACGACUAUACAAAGAUGGUUUACGGUGAUAACGAUGAGAGUAGGACAGCAAGUUUUCAUACACCUUCCACGAGAAAAUUGCAUUUGGGAUAUAUUAAGGAAGAAUCUCAAGAUUAACAAUAACGUACUUUGAACUAAUAAAAUUAUGUUUUGUGAAU